AUGAAGGUCAAGGACAAGCUGAAAAAAGCAACUGAAAAGCUGAAGACGACAAUGACUUUGUCUGACACGGAAGGACCCCAGGAAGACGUCAACGGUCAGAAUAAAAGUGUUGAUAAUUCUUUACCGACGACUCCGACAAACACAAGAACGGAAGAACAGGAAUUUUCGGAUGAAGACGAUUUGAUUGCCAAGAAGAACUUUGGCUCGAAGAAAUUUGUAGAUGGUGAUAAACCUUCGAAUUGGAAUUUACUAGUAAGAAUUAUCGAAGCUAAGGAUAUCGACACGUGCUCUGCAAGAGUUCGAAUAUACUUCGAUGGGAAACAGAGAACAACGAGAACUGUGACGACUUCUGAACCAAAAUGGAGACAAAAUAUUCUUUUUGCUGCAAAAAAACAGAGUCUUGAAACGAUUUCAACCAAAAUAUUGACUUUAAAACUCGCUCAUCCGACAUUCAAUGGAGAACGUCCUUUAGGAGAGUUCUCUUGUUAUCUUUCCGAGGUGAUUCAUUCUCCGGAGAAGUCAGUCAUCGGAAAAUGGGUUGCACUUGGGAUAUCAGGUGGAGACGAAGAUGAAACCGAUGAAGAAUAUGCUGUUGAGAAUUGCGGAUUUUUAAAAGUGUCGAUUUGUGUAUUCCGGAAUGAUGAAAGUCCUCCUCAAUUAAUUGACGACGACGGGUCGGAACAAAUCUGGAGUGGCGCUCAUUUGUCGGAUUAUACUUUAAAGAUUCGUUUUUUCGGAAUUGAAAUGCUUAUGUCAAAAUUGCUUCAACAAAAGAAAAAGAAGCCUCCGCCGUUCUAUGUGCAAGUGAAAUGUGGCGAAGAAACAUGCGAGACGAGUGCCGAAUAUGUACUAGAAUCAGAAAAUUUGGGAGCGGAUAUCAAUUUUGAUCAAGAAAUUUAUUUGCCGAUUCAAUGGCCGACUGUCAUUUCAAAAAUUUCAUUUUUUCUAUUUGUUAAACCAGGAAGAAAAGCAAAAUGUAUUGGAAUGGCGUCGAUCCCAAUGAAACAAUUGUACGAGCCGGGAGAAAAAGGAUUUUUACCGACGUUCGGACCAGCAUACCUCAAUUUAUUUGACUAUGAAAAAGUUGGAAAAUUCAAGUGGUUCUCAAAACGAUCAACAACACGUCAAGAAGACGGCUCGAGAUUUGUGGCGCGUUUGUUUAUCUCGAUCGAUUGUGUGGAAUACAUGGGAGAAUCGACAGCGCAACGCUUAUUUCUUGAUUAUUCGGUGACAAAAGAAGCGGAAAAUUUAAUGAGCAAUAUUGUUAACUAUGUUGUUUGCUGCUCUUUUCAUACGUUGAACAUGAUCAAUCCAUUGUUUGCCUCGGAUGCUAUUCAGAUUCUGGUUUCGAUUGGUGGCUUUGGAAGCAUGGACACGGAUCACGCCGAAAUUGCUAGCUCAACAGUUGCUGCGAUGCCGAAUUACGAUGGAUGCAAAUACUUUGCAAUGCCGUGGGGAAACUUGCGGCCGAUGGUCGAAGUGCCAUGCUAUUUCGAGAACGUUGAAUCAAGAAUCGAACUCGCUAACGCUCUUAUGAAGAUGACAAGUAUGUUAGAUUCAAUGAUUUGGGAGGUUCUUCGAGUUGGAAACUGCGCAACUGAUCAUGUUGCUUCUAUUGGAUUUGAGACAAUUGAUUAUUUGAUGCAAAUGGUUGAAGCUGGAGUUAAAUAUUUGGGGCAUUUAAAAAUGCGAAAAGCGAAUGAUUUGGAUCGAAACUGGCUUGAUGUCCGCCGUCGCAAAAUUGAGCAGCUCAAGGAGCAACUCAGCGAUGAGCUUUAUACCGUCGAUUUCUCCGACACGGACGUUAAUGCAAAAAUCCUACGGACACUGACCAAGUUUCGAGAUAUGGCAAGUGAGAUGGCAGCUGAUGUGCAGAUUUCUCUGCCACCUGUCGUUAUCAAAAUGGUCUCGAUGGGAAAACUGAUCGGAUUUGCAAAAAUUCCGAUCCAAGACAUUUUUCAAGCCGACAAAGAAGCGCCGUCGGGUGAAUGGUGUGGACGAUCACGACCAAUUAAUUUAUGCUGGCCGACCCUUUUUGAUAGGAGAUAUCGAUUAGAAGAAUUUGUCGCGGUUCUUCAUGCCAAAUUAUGGUUUGGACGAAAGGAUAAUAUCGACAAGUGGAAAGAGCAUGUGGAGCCAGCCGAGAAGCGAUAUUUCAGAGAAGUAUAUGAAAUUCAGACGAGAGCGAGCAUCAGCAUGAAAUGGAAAAGUGUUGAUACGAAAUCGCUUCAAGACGCGUUUGGCAAUGAAAUCAAUAUGAAUAAUGUCGAGGAUGGUUGGGAGACUGUCGGUAAUUGGCUUGUGAUGAACACUCAUGACAUGUGGAUUUCGAAUUGUGGACAGAAGACAAUGCACGACAAAGCGUACGAAGUUCAGAAGAAAAAUGAGGAUGGCGAAUGGGUUCUUGACAAAUACACUGAUUAUUAUGGAUAUGAAGUUAAGGAAUCCGACAUGAAAAAAGGUGUUGAAGGCUGGGAACUUUCGGCUUGGAUUGCUGACAAACUUCGCAAUAACGGAGACAAAAAUGGAUGGGUCUAUUCAAGCAAUUCGAUAUUUUUUGGCGACGGAAUUGUGAUUGAUCGUGAAGCCAAACCGCAUCAUAACUAUCGUAGACGAUGUAUAAAACGAUCCAGAAAAAUGAUAGCUUAUAAGAAGGAGCAUGAAAAUCUGGAAACAUUCCGAAAUUCACUCGAUGAUACGAAUUGGGAAUAUUCUUCCAAGAAACAUGGGCCUUAUCAUGACGACGAGGAUUUGAAAGAUACAAUAAGGCGAAGAAGGUACAUUGUGGAAAUGGAAAAGAUCAAUCCAAACUCGGAUUGUUCGAGUUAUCGGAUCUACGAGCAUCAAUUGGUUACUGCAAAAUGGCAGCUUCGCUGUUACAUUAUGUGGGCCAAAGAUCUUCUACCAGUUGUCAAAAAUUCGUCUCGGGCUUACGCUCGAAUCUCAUUUGCCCAAUUCACCAAGCAAACUUUAGUUGUUGACAAUUCGCAGAAUCCGAUUUGGAACGAGACGGUGAUUUUUCGAUCUGUCUUGAUUGCUGGUGGCACUCGUGAUAUUAUGCACCAUCCGCCAAUCGUUUCGGUUGAGAUUGUUGGUGAAUGUGAGAACAAUGCUGAGGCCCAUUUGGGACGAUUCGAAGCACCGCCGACCGUAAUAUGUGCUAAUACAGAUUCCCGCGCUAAACCUCAAUGGUUUCCACUUCGCUUUCCGAAAGGCCAUACACGCGGAGCUGUAUUAGCUUGUUUCGAGCUUUUCGAGCAGACCGAUAAUAAAGAUUGUCUUCCAUUUGAGCCGGCUGCGAAAUUCAACCAACACGAUAAACGAGAGAUUCCAGCAGAGCUUCGGCCAGAAUUCGACAAAUACAACGUCCAAUUUUUGUGUUGGGGAAUUCGUAAUUUGAAGAAACAUCAGCUUCUUUCCGUUCGCCGCCCGUUUAUUGAGAUUACCAUUGGAGAUCAAGAAUUUUGUCUGGAUCCGUUAAAGGAUGUUCGCAAAAAUCCCAAUUUUCCGGAGCCGAUGAUCUCGUUCACCGAUGUGCAGCUGCCGUCGGCACUUGAUCUUUCGCCGCCGCUCGUUGUUAAUCUUUUCGACUCGCGCGCCUUUAAUCGAAGGCCGCUAGUGGGAGUGUGUCUGAUUCAAGACUUACACAAAUAUGUCCGGAAUUUUGGUGAUAAGAAAAACACUGAGAACGACGAGAAUUGGGACGAGUUUGCAUCAAUUAUUGAUAAAGAACACGAGAAACUACUGAAAAUGGAGCGCAAAAUGACAUUAUCGUUAGAUUUGAUGGUUCCUUUAGAUUGGUGGAGUCGCUAUUAUGCAUCUUUGUCGCAAUUCCACAGAGCCCCUGGUUAUCUCGAAUCUGGCAUGGAAUACGUGCGAAUUAUGAAAAUGCCACUUGAGGAUAUGAAUGGAUACAACGGCUUCAACGAUUUUCUUGACACUUUCUAUUUUGUGAAAAAUUCCAAAGGCGAUUUUGACGAUCCUGAAGAAAAGGAGAAAGCUGGUGAAUUGAAAGCGCGCCUUUUGAUUUCAAAAAUAAAGAAAGAUAAAAAAUUUGAGCCAUUCAAUCCCUAUGUCGAUUUUGUUGGUCCGGUUAAGUGUGUUGUUCGAGUCUACAUUAUUGAGGCCAACGGUCUUAUGUCAAGCUCAAAAAAAGGUCGUAUCGAUCCUUACGUUGUCGUUGGAUGUGGAAAACAGAAAGUCAGUCUCAAAAAGAAUUAUCGAUCGGAAUGUGCGAAUCCGAUAUUUGGCGAGCGAGUGGAUUUGAAUGUGACGAUUCCUUUAGAAAAGGAUUUGACUAUUACAGUGAUGGAUAAAAGAACAAUUUUGAGAGACGAGGAAAUUGGUACGACGAAAAUCGAUUUGGAAAAUCGGCUUCUAACGAAAUGGCGAGCAACGUGUGGCUUGAGUGCCCAGUAUACCGUACAAGGCGAACUACAAUGGAGGGACCAAAUGACGCCGUUGGAAAUUCUAAAGUCCUAUUGCAAUCGAAUUGGGCUCGAUGCACCGAAAAUUGUCAACCGCGAGAAGGAUGAAGUUGGAAUAUCGAUUGAUGGUGUUGAAUUUUACUAUUCAGAUGUGAUCGCACAAAUGGAAAAAGAUGAGAAACAUCUAAUUGAAGCACAACGUGAAAAAGCUGGAAGGUCGAAAGAUGUUGAGGAUUUUAUUGACUCGUUUGAGGAUGUCAGUGAUGAUUUCUCGAAUCUUGAUGAUCCUGGUCCGCCGACGGAACGAAAACGAACAUAUAACCGAGUAGCUCCUAAAUUGGGAAAAACUGAAGCUGCGGGCGACCAGCAAAGAAGUUUCAAUCGGAAAAAGAUUAUGGGAAGUGAGCUGGAAGUCAUCGCGUUGUUUAUUUUGCGACAAGUGAAUCUUGUUCCAGAACAUAUUGAAACCCGACCAUUAGUAUCUGAUCGAUAUGGGAACGUUGUUCGCGGUAACUUGCGAAUGUUUGUUGACAUUUUCCCCAAAGAAUAUGGACCAAUUCCCGUUCCGUUUAACAUUUCACCAAGAAAACCUGUACAAUACCAACUAAGAGUAUCGGUAAUGAAUGUUACCGGUGCUAUUCCGAUCAAAAGAAGCUUUAAUGAUCCGGUUUCCGAUCUUUAUAUCAAAGUUUUUGUGAAUGGAAUGAUGAAAGGAGAGAAGACCGAUACACAUUUUAGAAUUCUUGAUGGUAAUGGCGAGUUCAAUUGGAGAUUUGUACUCAAUUUUGACUUUAACCCUUGGGAGCAGAAAAUCGUGGCUUAUACGAAAACGCGAAUGUUCCGCAAAGCAGUUGAGGAGCUUGUCGAUCCGAUCAUUAUUGUCGAAUUAUGGGACAAGAACAAACUCAAGAAGGAUAUUCUUCUCGGUGAUAUUGAACUUGAUCUAUUAAAUUUUAUGGAAGGUCUUGGAUCGCCGGACGACGUUGGAAUUUUCAAAUCGAAAAAUCGAAGAUCCACAUGUAGAAAAUGUCGAGGAAAAUGUGUUUGUAUGGCAAAAUGUUGCAUAUAUUGUUUCGAUACGAGAUGCUUUUGUAAGACACCGAAACCGAAAUUAAAGCCGUUCCCCAGACCGCAAGAGUUCGUCGCAACGCCAGAAAUUGACAAUCAUGUGAAUAUGUUCGACGCGCGUGAUUUGUAUGGAUGGUGGCCUAUGCUAUCUAAAAUUUAUCCACACGAAAAUGUGGAAGUCUCCAAAAAGCACGAGGACGUUGGUCCAAAUCCGCAAUGGAUUAUGGGUCUUGUCGAAAUGGAUAUUUCGCUUUUGACAAAGGCCGAAGCUGAUAUGGACCCAGUGGGAAAAAAACGAGACGAGCCGAACCAUAGCCCAUUCUUGGAAAAACCCAAUCGAAAAGCCUGCGACAGUUUUUGGAUCACUUCGAGACUAAGUCCCUGCUUGAGCUGGUUCUGGCACAAUUAUGGUGGAAGAAUAUUAUUUUGGACAAUUAUUGUGCUUAUGUUGCUCCUCACAAUCUACUUUGUGGCGAACACGUGGCCGGCAUCGAUGAGGCGAUUUUUGGUCGCUUUUACUGUUUUUUACUCGGUUAUCGCUGCUGAUGAAUGCCGAGGAUCAUGUAGUAAUGAUGGUUACCCUCGAGCUUGUGGUAUAUGGUUGAGGAAUGAAACAAAAAGAAGCACAAUUGGCAAAUAUCAAGUUGAAAAGGGAUACGUUGAAUUGUUCUGCGCGUUCGCUUCACUUCCAGAACCUGUUCAAGUCCAAUGGCAAUUCAGACCGAGUGAAGGCUCACCGUUCUGGAGUGAAUAUUCAUGUUCAAACGCGGAAGAGCGCAAAAUUUGCAAUAGCGAGGAGAUGAUUGUUGAAUCGCGAUGCAUUUUACGGCUCAAAAAUAUUCGAAUGAGUGGCUCCUAUCGUUGUCACGCGACAAUUCCAAAUCUAAAUUAUUCGAGACAUCGAGGAUUUAGUACCGAAAUUCCGAUAAACGUCGUCGGUAUUGAGACACCGCGAGUCAUUUCGAGCCAUUUGCCAAUCGGACAGACGGGCCAUAUUGAUCUUGAAAUUUGCGCGAAUCCAAAGCCGGAAAUUUUCUGGGUCACUUCUGAAGGUCUCAUUUUACCCGAGGAGAGCUCGAAACGAUUUGCAACCACAGCGGUUACACCAAGAAUGAUCAUCGAGAGGCCUGACUAUCAUGCUACUGCCUUGCCAUACUGCUAUUCGACAAGUCUAUAUAUUCACAAGACAAAAGAAGAUGAUUCAUUCAAACUUAUAAUACGAGGAGACUUUCAGACUCUCACAGAGAAAAUCAGUGUUCGUGUUAAAAACUCAUCCUCAACCUCUCAACUAUUCAUGAUCUCCCUCUUAACUAUAUUCUAUAUAACGAAAUAA